AUGGACAGUUACUCCGGAGAAAAAACUCCUGAUCAGGAUUAUGGUCGUAGCGAGGACAAAUUCAAUCUUCCGAAUUUCAAAGUCCCAUUUGAGUUUCGCGAACCGUACAUUUUAACAGGUUAUCGAAAACCUGAGAUCUCUGCACAAGAAUGUUUACAAAGCUCCCUCAGUCGCUGCAACGAAACCAUCAACGUCUGGUCGCACCUUGUUGCAUUUGCAUUCGUCCUGGUUCGAUCCAUGGUCGUGCUUUCAGAACACAAUCCCCUUGAAGAUCCGUUUGCUUAUCCGAUGAUUUCAUUCGUUGUCGGUACAUCAGCUAUGUUUUUAAUGAGUUCAGGAGCGCACUUGUUUAACUCCAUGUCAAGUAAGACACGCCAUGUUUGUUUCUUCUUCGAUUACGCAGCGAUCAGCGUGUAUGCCUUUUCUGCAGGCCAAGCUUUUUACUUCUACUCAAGACCUCUGAAACCAGACUGGGUAAUAUUCCGUUCGUAUCCGUCCUUCGUGGCUUUAUGUACGAUCGUGUCGUGCGUAUCGUUGUCUUCCUGCUGUGCAUCGAGACACCGCUGGAUUGGACACAAGUUUUUAAUUCGUACCGGAACGUUCAUGGCCUCAUUCUUCAUCAACACAUCACCCUAUUGGGUUCGAAUGUGGGACUGCCAAUCAGACAUGGACUGCAAUGCUGUGUCCAUCCCCUAUUUCAAGCGGCAGGCCUUGUUCUUCGCCAUUGCUGCCCUGGCAAAUGGUAGCAGAUUACCCGAGCGACUUAUGCCCGGCGUGUUUGACUUCUGUGGUCAGAGUCAUCACUUUUUACACAUCCUAUGUGCUAUUGCUACAGUAGAUGAGUUUACAGCUCUUUAUUUGGACAUGCUAGGGAGGCGAAAGGCCCUUGAGUUGUCGCAUGUGACUCCCACGUUUGCUAAUAGUCUUCUGCUGACUACAGUGGUCUUAGUUGCUAAUGUGGCGAUUGUCUUAUGGUUUACCCGUGCGAUCAAGUCCAAUGACACUGCAUGUAAGAAAAAAACUUAA